AUGGACGCAACAGAACUUAAGAACAAAGGCAACCAGGAGUUUUCCGCGGGCCACUACACGGAAGCUGCUGGCUUCUUCACCCAGGCGAUUGCCCUGGACCCCUCCAACCACGUGUUGUACAGCAACCGCUCCGCAUGCCAUGCAGCACUUCAUCAGUACCAAAAUGCCUUGCAGGACGCCGAAAAAUGCAUCUCGCUCAAGGCAGACUGGGCCAAGGGGUACGUGAGACAUGGUGCGGCGCUGCAUGGGCUUCGACGCUACGACGAGGCUGCCGCAGCCUACGAAAAGGGAUUGGCCAUUGAGCCGACAAACGCUGCAUGCACGGAUGGCAUCGCCGCAGUAAAGAAGGAUAAAGCCGCCGCCCAAAUGCACAAUCCCUUCGCAAGGGUUUUUGUUCCAGAAUGUGUCGGUAAGAUCCAGGCCCAUCCAAGGCUCUCACUCUACCUGUUGCAGCCAGACUACGUCCGCAUGAUCAAUGAGGUCAUCAAGGAUCCAUCGACGGCCCAUCUGUAUGCGAAGGACCAGCGAUUCAUGGCGACCUUCCUUAUGUUGAGCGGCAUCGACCUCCCCGGAAAUGAUGACGAGGAGGAGGAGCGACCGAAGGCGCAGGAGGCACCGGCCAAGAAGGAGGAGGCGAAGAACCCCCCCGCGGCGGAGCUCUCUCCAGAGGCACAGGAGGCAUUGCGCCUCAAGGAGGAGGGCAAUGCGCUCUACAAGCAGCGCAAAUUCGAUGAGGCCCUCGCAAAGUAUAGCGAGGCACUUGCUAAGGACGGGAAGAACACAGUGUACCUCCUCAACAUCACUGCUGUGUAUUUCGAGAAGGCUGAAUACGAGACCUGCAUUGCGGAGUGUGAGAAGGCCCUCGAGCACGGCCGUGAGCAUCGCUGCGACUACACGGUGCUUGCCAAACUCAUGACACGCGAGGCGUUGUGCCUGCAGCGUCUGAAGCGCUAUGAAGAGGCCAUCGCGGUCUUCAAGAAAGCGCUGGUGGAGCACCGUAACCCUGACACCCUCGCCAAACUGAACGCCUGCGAGAAGGAGAAGCAGAAGUUCGACAUUGAGUCCUACGUAAACCCCGAGAUUGCACAGCAGAAGAAAGAAGAGGGCAAUGCACUGUUCAAGGAGGACAAGUUCCCAGAGGCGGUGGCGGCCUACACGGAGGCAAUUAAACGUAACCCAGCGGAGCACACAACGUACAGCAACCGUGCCGCCGCGUACCUGAAGCUUGGAGCGUACAAUGAGGCCCUCGCGGACGCUGAGAAGUGCAUUGAGAUAAAGCCCGAUUUUGUGAAGGCACACGCGCGAAGGGGGCAUGCCUACUUCUGGACCAAGCAGUAUAACAAGGCGAUGCAGGCGUACGAAGAAGGCCUCAAGCACGACAAGGAAAACGCGGAGUGCAAGGAGGGACGUAUGCGCACGAUGAUGAAGAUUCAGGAGAUGGCAUCUGGGCAGGCUGAGGACGGUGACGAGGUGGCGAGGCGCGCUAUGGCAGACCCGGAGGUUGCCGCUAUCAUGCAGGACAGCUAUAUGCAGCUGGUGCUGGGCGAGAUGCAGCGCGACCCGUCACGCGUUCAGGAAUACAUGCGCGACCCGAACCUUGCGGCGAAGAUCAACACGCUCGUUUCCGCUGGCAUCAUCCGCUUCGGCCGGUAA